AUGCCAUCUCUGGUCGGCUACCCCGGUGGGGCCAUUCUUCCCGUAUUUGAUGCCAUCUACAACUCGAAGAACUUUGACUUCGUGCUCUCAAAACACGAGCAGGGGGCCGGACAUAUGGCAGAGGGAUAUGCCCGCGUGUCUGGAAAACCGGGGGUGGUCUUGGUGACAAGUGGCCCCGGUGCGACCAACGUAGUAACACCAAUGGCCGACGCGUUGGCGGAUGGAGUUCCUAUGGUGGUAUUUUGCGGCCAGGUUGCCACGACUGCAAUUGGCAGUGACGCUUUUCAGGAGGCAGACAUGGUUGGAAUCUCCCAAUCGUGUACCAAAUGGAAUGUCAUGGUGAAUAGCGUGAUCGAAUUACCGAGACGAAUCAACGAAGCCUUUGAAAUUGCCACAAGUGGCAGGCCUGGCCCGGUGCUUGUGGACCUUCCUAAAGAUGUCACAGGGGGCAUCUGCGAGGAAGCUGCUCCCACAGACUUAACUCUUCCUCCAUCCGCUAGUAGCGCAGCACGCCAGGCCCUCGAUCUGAACAGGCGACAGUUGGAUCAAUCUAUUGCACGCGUGGCUAAUCUCAUCAACAAUGCCCAAUGUCCAGUUAUCUUCGCUGGCCACGGUGUCAACCGCUCAGAGGGCGGACCUGAGCUGCUUAAGACUCUCGCCGACAAGGCAUCUAUUCCAGUUACCACUUCCCUCCACGGCCUUGGAGCAUUUGACGAACUCGACGAAAAGUCGCUGCACAUGUUAGGGAUGCAUGGUUCCGCAUAUGCAAAUAUGACGAUACAGAAUGCCGACCUAAUCAUCGCUCUAGGAGGCCGAUUUGACGACCGGGUGACCUGCAAUGUUGCGAAAUUUGCCCCGAAGGCGCAUAAGGCCGCAAAAGAAGGACGUGGUGGUAUUGUUCAUUUUGAAAUCAUGCCGAAAAAUAUCAAUAAGGUCGUCCAGGCCACCGAGGCAGUUGAGGGUGAUGUGGGAGCCAAUCUACGACUCUUGAUACCUCAAGUCAAAACGAAGUCGAUGUCCGAGCGUAAGGCCUGGUUCGACCGGAUCAACGAGUGGAAGAGAAAAUGGCCUUUCGAUGACUUUGAGAAGGCUGAACGAUCUGGAUUAAUCAAACCGCAGACAGUAAUUUCAGAACUGAGCGACCUAACGGCGGGUCGGAAAGAUCAAACGUAUAUCACCACAGGCGUUGGCCAGCACCAGAUGUGGGUCGCGCAGCAUUUUCGCUGGAGACAUCCACGCACCAUGAUUUCGUCGGGCGGUCUCGGAACGAUGGGAUUUGGCUUGCCUGCCGCUAUCGGAGCUAGUGUUGCGAAGCCGGAUGCCCUUGUUAUUGAUAUAGACGGUGACGCAUCGCUUGCCAUGAGCCUGACCGAGAUGUCCACUGCCUCGCAGUUUAAUAUUCCUGUAAAGAUCAUCGUGCUGAACAACGAAGAGCAGGGCAUGAUUACACAAUGGCAGAACCUCUUUUACGAAGAUCGAUACUCCCACUGCCACAUUCUGAACCCAGACUUCGUGAAAGUUGCCGAAGCCAUGAGAUUCCAGGCCCGGAGGGUUGAAAAGCCAGAUGAGGUUCGUGACAGCCUUAAGUGGCUGAUCAAUACCAAUGGACCAGCGCUUCUUGAGGUUGUAACCGACAAGAAGGUGCCCGUGCUGCCGCUGGUCCCUGGCGGAUCGGGUUUAGACGAAUUUAUCUCAUGGGAUAGUGGUAUGUUUUCGUGA